AUGCAACAUCAGGAGCAAGCACCAGUCUACACGCCAUAUCCGACGGAAUUACCGCCAGCUUUUCCAAUUGGAUUCCGUCAAACCGCCCCAUUGGUCAAUGUGACCGAACUUCAAGCUCACCUGCGUCUUCUUGGUGCAAUAUCAAGACUCAAGUUUGAUGUCCAGAGCCAGAGAUCUGGUAUCGCCGCAAGAGGCACCAAGGAUAUGGCCUGGGUCGUCUUUGUCAAUCGUGCCGUAUUUCGAUUCUUUACAUGGGUGAGCGCAUCGUGGCAACGAUCCAGGCCAGGAUUCGACGAAACAAUGAUCCCCCCUCUCGACGUGUUGAUGGUUUGGCAUACGUAUCUACUCAAUCCGCGAACAUACUUCGAGGACAGUCAACGCAUGGAGUCAGUCUAUGCAACAAAUCUUUGCACUCUAGCGGAAAUGCCGUUGACAUUGGUCGCGUCCCUCAUCCAGGGCCAAACUUUGGACCCUCUAUCUCCGUCGGCGGAGAGACAGCACUUCUUCGAACGAACAACUGGUCUCCCGUGGUAUAUGCCCUUGACCACGGAUUAUUCUGAAUGCCUCGCUGUCUUCUGCCCACUGUGCCAGGUUAUCAACUCUCGCGUAAGAUGGGUGACAGACGACGAAACUGGUUACGCGCAGGCAAAGUUCAAGCACCGAUGCGAGUCUUGCUGCAAAGAGUUUACGAAAGGGGCGAUGGGCAUGCGUCGCUUCGUGGACGAAGUCUCGCUUCAAAGGUCUGGCACAAAGGUCUUCUUCUCUGAGACACUGCUGGAGCCACCGACAGGAAAAGUAAACGAGAAAGCCGCCCAAACGUUUGUCGAAAAGGUCUUCAAGGCACUGCACAAGGACUACAAAAUCCUCAAGCCUUUCAAGGGCGAGAACCCGGCAGAGGAGGCGACUAAACUCGGUGAUGCGUUAGCCUGGGAUUUCGAGAUUCUCUGUGAUCGGCUCCAUGAAGGUGUACGACCUACGACAGUCCCCGAUAGAAAGAACCGCAAUCCGCGGUUGCAACGGUUCGCUGUCGCCUACAGUAACCCCGGUAUGGCGUCUAUCGAUCUUGUCGGGGCUGUUUUACGCCAAGGCUCGUUUAUUUCCAAGAUGGACGAACUUGGAUGGACCCGGCCAGGCCGGUUUGACUUGAUUGCCGAAUCUGCUCCGCUGGUGCGAUCUGUAGCGCGCUACCAUGCCUUUCUGGAUCUCAUGGCCGCGCACAAUUCGACAUUCUUUGUGCCUACUCUGGACAUUGAUUUAGCGUGGCACACCCAUCAACUCAAGAGUGUCCACUAUCGAACGGCGACGACACUAUUUGUAGGAAGGUUCCCAAAUCAUGACGACAACAUUGAACCUAGCACGCUCUCGACCGCGUACGACAUCACGGCAAAAGCCUGGAAGGCCCGGUUUGGAGUUGCGUAUAGUGUGUGCGGGUGCGUACCGGACGGCGACUCUGCAUCACGCAUCAGCAGAUUCGCGUCGAAAAUCGCUAGCGGAUUCAAAAAACGAGACAAUAGUCCGGAUCCCCAAAUGCGUUUUCUACUCGUCAACAAACGGCCCGAUCUUGUCAGCACGGACGAAGACGAGGCGGACUCGUCUCAUCCGUCUGAACACACUGCCAACUUUGGAAAUCCUAGAGAUACAACUACGGCCACUACACGGUCUGAACGGGAGCGCAAAGUAGCCAAGUGCCUUGCUAGUGCCCACAAAGGCGCGGCGCGUGACCCGUGGAGAGGACUUCAAGCCGAGCGAACUUCUACGGAGGGUAUAAUCAAUGCAUUCCUGGCGCGUGUGGAGGCGGAGGAAUGGGAAAUGGGUGCUCGGGCUGCACGGUGGGCGGAUGUGGAGAAGGACCUGGAUCUGGAGCAGGAUCUGGAUGUACGGGAUGUGGAGGAUGUGGAGGAUGUGGAGUAA